AUGAGCGAAUACUGGGUUUCAAAAAAGAAAUAUCUCUGCAAAUACUGCGACAUAUAUAUUGCCGAUGAUGCACCUUCUCGACAGCACCAUGAAAAUGGCUUGCGACAUAAGGGCAACGUCGAAAGAUUCAUUCGGGGAAUUUACAAGGCGGGUGAGAAGCAGAAAAAGGAUCUAGAGGAAGAGAAGAGAGAGAUGAGGCGCGUCGAGCAGGCAGCUGCCGCAGCAUUUGCUGAAGACGUAGGUGCUGGUCGUGCAAAGGCACCGCCUGCACCCGUCGCGUCGACAUCAACAGCCCCCAAGAAGCCUUCCACAAAACCAUCUAAUCCCUACGCCAACUAUAGUACGGCAGAAUCUCUGGGAUAUAAGGACCCAGAUGCGGAACGAUUAGCUGCCGAGGCUGAGAUUCGGCGAUCCCAGGGCAUCGCUGGAGAAUGGCAGAUUUUGGCACCAACUGAACCUCGUGUGGGUACCAAGGUCGAGGGAGAUGGAGCAGAUGGCACCAAUGGAACUGCUCCUGGUGAUGCUGGGGUGAAGAGAGAGGCGGAAGCCCCUCCAGAUGACGAAGACACUCGUGCAUUCAAACUUCGAAAGAAAACGCUAACGAGAGGGCUAGGGGAGAUAUAUGAUCCAGGAGUAAUACCAAUAAAAAUUAAGAAGAAGGAAGAAACAGCAACCAUAUCACCAGAGCCACAGCCAAAUACCUCUAUUCCGCCAGAGCCAGAGACACUGAAAUGGAAGCCAACACAGUGGAAGCGUACAGGCGGCAACUCUCAACAAACCGAAGAUAGUGGAAGUCAACGAACACCUGAUAUUAAACAGGAAGGAGAUACUUCUCUUACGACAAUAGAAUCCAAUACUUCAAAAUGGGCCAAACCACAAUGGAGCCAGCCUCUACCGGAUUUUAAGCAAGAAGAGAUGAAAACCAUCUUCGGAAAUCAGGAGGUCGUCGAGGGGGCAAACGAUAGGGAUAAACCACUGGAUCCUGUUGUUAAGACGGAAUCUGAUAUAAUAAAGGAAGAGCCACAAACGACAGGCCUCUCUGAGGCGGCGCCUGCAUCAACUGCACUAUUCAAAAAACGCAAAGCUCCCAGCGGUGCUGGACGAGGCCGUCGCGAGAUUUGA